AUGCCUAGGAACAAAAAACAGAGUAUUGCAUCUGACAGCCUCGCAAAAACCAGCUGUGGGAACAAGAACCAUGGUCCAGAAGGACAAGAGGAAAAAGUGGGCAAAGGAUCCAGUGAGACCGGUAGAACUUCAUUCCUAUGGAGUAGUGGAAGGGCAAAGGCAAGGAGUUGUCCCAAAUAUGUAAACAGAGAAGAAGAUGAGAGGGAUGCCACCAUACACAGGGUUGACCCUUUGUCUCAUCGCCGAGAGAGAAUAUUCAGUGUUGAUAUUCACAGCAUCGCCCUUAAAGGAAAACAAAAAAGAAAAAAAUAUUUGCCUUUCUUCUUCAAAGAGCGUCAAAGGCAUCAUCAUCCCACAAAUCCAUAG